AUGUUGCUGGGGGGCAAUUCGGGAUCUUUCCCUCACCGCACUUCCCCCACGCGUUUCCAUUGGGGGAAAUGUGAAUAUGUCUGUUUGUAUGGGUGUAUAUUCACUGUCUCACACACCUUAAUUUUAAAGCCCCAAACCCCACCAGUAGUGAGGACGUUUCUCAACACAACAUGCCCAGGUGCAGGGACUAUCCGAGUGUUCCAUGGGAAAGCCAACGACCCUGACAUUGCCAGUACUCUAGUUCAUGGAGAGAGCAGCCAAGCUUCUAUUUCGGGUGGAUUAGUGAUCAACCCACCACCUAAGACCAUCUAUCAACAGAGGUUACAUCAGCUCUGGUAUUCCACCAAUCAAAAAGCCCCCCUGGGCAGGUCACGUGAUCAGAGCCCUGGGCUUCCAAAUUGGUUCGACACCGACACCGGCAAAGCCACAUUUGGUGUGAAAUCCCCCAAAACUGCAGGUGUUAUUAUCAACCCACCUAAAAGCGCGGAGCAGGUGGAGACAGAGGCUCAGGAGGGACACCAGUCUUAUAUCCGCUCCCACAAUGCCUACUUUGUCGGUUGA